AAAGAGAUGAAUCUGCUUCUGAAUGUGUAAUGAGGUGAAGGUGAAUUAAGAAUCAACAGCUCAUAAAGCAAAGCUUUCUGAUUCUGCUGUACCAUUUUCCUUUGAUCCCUGCGAAAACAGUGGGCAUCACUCAAGUUAGUGGCUCUCUGACGUGGCCUUGGGAAUCCAUUUCAACUUGCCCACUUUGGCUGGACUCCACUUCAUCAAUGACCAUACCCCCACUUCCCCAUGAUAAUAACCAAUAAAAAACUUCGAUGUUUGGAGAGUUUCAUGAGGCUUUAUAUAUAGUACAUGGUCGUCGUUCCAUGAGUCUCCUCACCGCUGGUUCUUUAAAUUUGGAUUUCUGGGCGAUGUGCAUAUGAGAACUCAGAUGGUGAUCUCGAAGUGGCCUUUGUGUUCCUUGAUCGCCUUAACGGCGAUGUCGUGGUUAUGGAGUUCUUGUAUGGUUCCGCGAGUAGCCGGUUGUGAUGGCUUCGACGAGCUCUUUCAACCCAACUGGGCUCCUGAGCACUUCAAGUGUGAAGGUGACCAAACAAAGUUGACUCUUGAUUCUUCUUCUGGUUGUGGGUUCGGGUCCAGGAAGACGUACCUGUUUGGACUGACAAGUGUGCAAAUUAAGCUAGUCCAAGGCGAUUCAGCCGGAACAGUAACGGCAUUCUACAUGUCGUCGGACGGGCCCAACCAUGAUGAGCUUGACUUCGAGUUUCUGGGAAAUCAAUCUGGAGAACCUUACCUUGUACAAACCAAUGUUUAUGUCAACGGCACGGGAGAUAGAGAGCAAAGGCAUAGUCUUUGGUUCGAUCCUACCUCGGAUUUUCAUACCUACUCUUUGUUCUGGAACCGACAUUAUAUCAUGUUUCUCGUUGAUAAAACUUCUAUAAGAGUGUUCACGAACGUGGAAGAAUCACACGGUGUGCCAUAUCCGAAAAACCAGCCUAUGCGAGUCCGUGGUUCGGUGUGGAACGCCGAUGAUUGGGCUACACAAGGAGGAAGGGUGAAGACGAACUGGAGCCACUCGCCUUUCAUCUCUUCAUUUCGGUCCUUUGACAUUGAUGCCUGCGAGCUGUCGCUGGAGACGGAUGAUAUCGUGACCAAAUGUGGACAAUUAGGGCAAUACUGGUGGGACAAGCCGUCGUUCGAUGAGUUAGGUCGGCACCGGAGCCGCCAACUCAAGUGGGUUCGCAAGAAGCACUUGGUCUACAAUUACUGCGAGGACAAACUCAGGUUUUCUGAGCUUCCUAAGGAAUGCGUGGAUUAGCAUUGGCAUGUAUGUGUAUGCUUCCAUGACUGUCGUUUGAUCUAAUCAACAGGUCUGUUAAGUUUGAAAAGCUUUAAUUCCUCGCAAUUUGCAAGCCUAGUAAUUUGUGCGACUCUGAUCCAAGGUGUGAUCUUAA